UGUUAGCAGCGCCCCCACGCCUCUUCUUCUGAACUAGUGGAUGUGACGUCAUUGACAUGAAAUAAGGAAAUUAGAAAUGGCUGCGAUGGGUAGUGGACGGGGAGCGAUGGAUUCCCAAAAUCAAGUGCAAAGUGAUACAGUAGACCGUUUAAAAUUACUUUAUCCUAAUGUGAACGAAGAUGAAACACCACUGCCAAGAGCAUGGAGUACCAAGGACAAAUUCAGCUACAUCGGGCUGUCGCAAAAUAAUCUUCGAGUCCACUACAAAGGUGGGACGCAGGGCCCCGGCCGCCGACCCCACCUGCCCUACCUCCACUUACGCCUCUGGAUGUAUCGUCAUGGCAAGACGCACAAGGACGCGGCGUCGGUGCGGGCGACGCACCCGAUUCCGGCCGCCUGUGGGCUGUACUACUUCGAGGUGCGGAUCGUGUCCAAGGGCCGCGACGGCUACAUGGGCAUCGGUCUCUCCGCGCACGGGGUCAACAUGAACCGCUUGCCUGGUGAGCAUUGUUGGGACAAGCACUCGUACGGUUACCACGGCGAUGACGGGCACUCGUUCUGCUCGUCGGGCACGGGGCAGCCGUACGGGCCUACCUUUACUACGGGUGACGUGAUCGGUUGCGGCGUCAACCUCGUCGACAACACCUGCUUCUACACCAAGAACGGACACCAUCUCGGCAUCGCCUUCAGAGGGUUACCGCCAAACCUGUACCCGACGGUGGGUCUCCAGACGCCGGGCGAGGUGGUGGACGCCAACUUCGGGCAGGCGCCGUUCGUGUUCGACAUCGAGGACAUGCUGCGCGAGCUGCGCGCGCGCACGCGGCUCGCCAUCGACGAGUUCCCGUUGCCCACCGAGCAGGGCGAGUGGCAGCAAGUCCUGCACAGGAUGGUGUCGUCGUACCUGGUGCACCACGGCUACUGCGGCACGGCGCAGGCGUUCACGCGCGCCACGGGGCAGCUCAUACACGAGGACAUAGCCUCCAUCAAGAACAGACAGAGAGUGUCGAAGCUGGUGCUGGGCGGGCGCAUCGGCGAGGCCAUCGAGGCGACGCGGCGGCUCUACCCCGGGCUGUUCGAGCGCGACCGCGACCUGCUGUUCCUGCUCAAGUGCCGCCAGUUCGUGGAGAUGGUGAACGGCUCCGACGCCGAGGUGGGCGCGGCGGGCGAGAAGGGCGCCAGCAACGGCGUGGCCACGUCCGUCAUCUCGCACACCAGCCGCGCGCCGCCCGCGCAGCCGCCGGCCGCCAACGGCGCGCACACCAACGGCGUCUCCGAGCCGCAGGAGGACGCGGACCGGGAAGAGAACUGCGACGUGGACAUGUCGCCCCCGCACGAGGCGGACCACGCGCACCCCCUGCCCCUCGCGCACGAACCGCACGCCAACGGAUCGCACCAAGUAGUGCAUGGGCCCGCUCGACUCUCCCCAUCGGCGCGGAGCUCGCCCGUCCGGGCGGCACCACCGCCCGACCAUUUCCUUCCGGCUUGUUGUCACCUCACGCCACUUAACACCGCAUUAGAGUCGCAUCUCACCCAUCUGCACCUAGUCGCGUAUUACUUUGAGUUGGCCGCCGGCAGCGCAGCAUGCACGGCUCCCGGCGACACUUCGGGCCGGAGGGCGGCCCGAAGUGCGCCGGAGCUCGAAAGGAACUGUCGCAGUGACCCGAGCGAAGGCUCCGACGCGACGACUACGGUCGAUGGCAAUCCGCGAAAGCGCUGCGAGCGAUUAGCUCGCUGUGGACGAUAGUGCGGGAGCGCGCGAAGUAGCUACCGCCGACCGGGCGGGGUCACUGCGGCAGCCGAAGCGCCCGUGACGCUGGUGGGCGGUGGUUCCAGGAGAGGCGCCGCUGCCGCUGGUGAAGGGCAUGCCGGGAGUGACCGCCAGCGUCGCCGCGCUCAUGCCCGAUUUCUUGGGUGGGUAUCCUCGUCGCCCUCCUCCCCUCCUUCCCCGCCACGCCCUCCACUUUUUUCGG